GGAAGUGUUGACUUAAGCAGCGAUAACUCGAUGCUCUUGCGCAGCCGGCUGGCUGGCUUCCAGAACCGAAAGUGGCGUCAAAACCGGCCAGUUUAUCGUCUUCGGCCCGUCUCAUCGCGUCUCCCUUGCGGGUAACUUGUGACAGCUUUCCCGGCGGCGUCCACUGGGUUCGGUUCGUGUGUUUUCGGAGCCGAGAGAAGCAAACAUGGAGAUCGAGAAGGAAGUGAAGAAGAUGACGCUAGGACACGAGUUUGGUGCGGGCGCUGCCUGCCUCAAGUGUAAAGACAAGUGCGAAGGUUUCGAGCUUCAUUUCUGGAGAAAAAUCUGUCGUAACUGCAAGUGUGGCUUGGCGGAACACAAUGUGCAGAUGAACUCGGAGGAGAACAAAAAGGUAGGGAAACUCUUUGAGGACACCAAGUACACUGGCCUCAUCGCCAAGCUGAAGACGGAUGGCGUCUCCAUGUAUCGCGGCAACGCCGUCACCAUCACGCUGGGCGGCCCCGCCACCGCCCACACCGUGUUACCUGCCACUGCCGCCGCAGCAGUACCUCACACCACCAUCACCGCCGCGGGUUCCGUCCCGCCAGCGGCAGCCUUAGGAGGUAUGGCGUCUGGCGGCGUCCAGGCAUCCUCAGUAGGUGCGCCGCCCGGCGGCGUCCAGGCCCGGCCGGCACCUCCUGGGGUCGCCCCCGUCAAGGGGAACACGGCGAGUGUUUCCAUCAAUUCCACCACGGCCAACGUAGUACCAGUCACCAAAGAUGAGCCCCUCAAGUCCGUCACGUACGAUUGGGCGCCCCCUGUGGCUAACAAAUAUGUGGCUGUUCGCUACAUUGAGCUGCUCCCACCCGAGAAGCGCCCUGUGACUGGCACGGAAGGCGCCGCCUACCGCCGGCAGCAGAUGGCCCGCCAGUUGCCCGAACACGACCAGGACCCCGCCAAGUGCCACGAGCUGAGCCCUGCCGAAGUCAAGCAGAUGCAGCAGUUUGUGCGCAAGUACAAGGACGAGGCGCUGGGUGUCGGUGAUGUGAGGCUGCCCGAGGAGAUUGCUCUGGUGCAGGCGGCGGCCGCGGGUCAGGGUGGACCAGGUGGGGCCAAAGCAGCAGGGCUAGGAACUGUGGGUCUCAAGGGGCCAGCUGGAGCUGGAGGGGCAGGGCCCACAUCGGCUGGAGGCGCCGUGGGUACCGCGGCCACCGCUGGAGCCAUGACUGCCUCGGGACCCCCGCAGCAAAGCUUCUCGUGCCGCCGCUGUGCUCAGCCGAUGCGCAUGGGCGACCCAGCCGUGUAUGCCGAGCGGGCAGGCUAUGACAAGCUGUGGCAUCCGGCCUGCUUCGUGUGCUGCACCUGUGAAGAGAUGCUGGUGGACAUGAUCUACUUCUGGAAGCGCGGCAAGCUCUACUGCGGACGCCACUACGGCGACAGUGAAAAGCCACGCUGCGCCGGCUGCGAUGAGUUGAUCUUCUGUAACGAGUACACGCAGGCCGAGGGCCAAAAUUGGCACCUGAAGCACUUCUGCUGCUUCGAUUGCGACCUGGUCCUGGCCGGAGAGACAUACGUGAUGGAGCAGGACAAGCCUGUUUGCACGCCGUGCUACAUGAACAACUACGCUGUGAAAUGCGCGGGGUGCGCUGAAGCGGUGGAGCCCGAGGCUCAGCGCGUGUCGUACGGUGCGUACCACUGGCACGCGGCGCCGCAGUGCUUCAAGUGCUCGGGCUGUGCCAAGGUUCUGAUGGGCCAGCGCUUCAUGGCGGUGCAGGGAAAACUAUUCUGCUCUGUUGAGUGCAAGAAGAACACACCCGCCUAGAAGCGUAAUUCAAGAUGGCAGGCGUGAAUUCAAGAUGGUAGCGUGGUGUUGAGGUGAAUCCAUUGUAUGAGUGCCUUAAAAUUUGCACUUUUUCGAUUCAGGUCUCAGUCAUGCAACGACUGAUUUUCAGAACAACUCCAUUAGCUUGUGUCAUUAAAAUAUGAAUAAAUGACUGAAUAGGUUGCAUCUCCAGGGAACUCUUCUGUAAUGUAAACUGUUAAGAAAUGUAAUUUUCAACAUUAAAUGGCCUUUGAAUGUG